UGGAGGUGUCCGUCACACUGUUGAGGGUAUUAUGGUGUAGAGCACAGGGACGUAGACCAUCAGUGAAAGUAGGCAGGGCGCAGGCAUACAAGUAGCAUCCAGGUUAUGUUACUGUAGCUGGAGACUGUGGCGCAAUAGAACAGGCCUUAAUCAGCGCUUCUGUCACCUCAGCUGGAUACAGACUUCAUUGUGAUGGAAGCAGACUAUUCUAAGCGUGUGUACCAGGGUGUCCGAGUCAAGCACACAGUUAAAGACCUGCUGGCUGAAAAACGUUCCAGGCAACCUAAUGGACAACGAUAUAAUGGAGCAGCAGUGUCUCCCACAUCCUUUGUCCAGAUGCCAGGUUCUCACAUCAUGCCUGGGUAUUACGGGAUGCGUCGUCCCUACAUCUCUGAGUCAGACUUUGGUCCCUCUUCCAAGCAGUUCUCCUCAGACAUGUAUUCUUCCUCCUUGGGGGUCAAGCCCCUGGGUUGUGACCCCUCUGGCAUGUCUGGCUACCCCCCCCUCAUAGACAGCUACUACCCAGAGACCUUCGGAGACUACCGCAGUGCUGCAGCCUUCUCUGGAGGUGGCGCCAUCUUCCCCUCUUCUGCCCUCUCCUCCCUGCUCCAACCCUUUUCUGGAGAUUCCUCCCAUUUCUUGUUGAGGGACUCGUGGGAGCAGACCGCAGCAGAGCCGGUUCCUCAAGGGGAGGGUUUGUGUGCUGAGGGUUUGUCCUCCGUCAGUGUCCCCACCUCCCUGCCCAGCCCUGACCCCCAAGGGAGCCCAUCCCAAUACCGGUCCCCUCAUCGUGGCUCUUUGCUGGGCCCACCCGCCCAGCCCUACUCCCUCCACGCACUGGAGGACUCCCACUACCACCACACCUCCUACCCAGCCCCAUCCGCCUACCCCUGUGCCCCCUACAUAACUGCACCCAGUGACAUGGCUUCCAAGAUGCCCUCGGAGGAUCCAGACAGUACCAUGGCCCCUCAUGGCGACACUUCCUCCUGGUGUAAAGAGGACAGCAGCAGCCCCUGGUCCCCUUAUGAGCUGCGGAGGUCCUACUGAGCCGAGGGAGACUCUGCACUUGGAGGAACAGCACUCACUGGGAAAAACAGGAAGAGAACCUAGCUGGAGAACACAGUUGGAGAGCACAGCCCAGGAAGAUAGUCCUAAUAAUAUAGGGUUCAGGUGUGAGGAUUCCUGUGUGAAAGGUGCAGACACCUGUGGGAAAGGUUCAUAUUCCUGUUUGAAACAGCAUAUUCCAGUUGAGCUUCUGCGUUAAUGUUCACCUGUGUGUGUGUGUGUGUGUGUGUGUGUGUGUGUGUGUGUGUGUGUGUGUGUGUGUGUGUGUGUGUGUGUGUGUGUGUGUGUGUGUGUGUGUAUGUGUGUGUAUGAGUGCUAUUAAAAACUUAGAAAAAUAGGAAAUGUAUUUCACUUACCCAUAGAUCAAGGGAUAACCAAACAGAAUGGGAUGGAAUUUGAGGAUGCCUUUAUUAUUUGAUGAGAGAAUUACUUAAAGAAACGUUUUAAUUCUGUCUUCGAGAGUCCAGUUGUGUUUUGAUAUGAUAUGUGCUGACUUUCAUGACUGAGGAAACAUUUCAGGAAUACAGGCUUGGGGAAUAAAGAUGUAUUAUUACACAAAGGUUAUAAUGGUUAACAACAGAACACUUAAUGACUAAAUGUGAAACAUUUAAUACAACCCACAGCAGCACCCUCUCCUCCCCUUCUCUUCCCUGCAGUCAUCUAUUUUGAGAAUGUGCACAGUGUAGACAAUAGAUGGCGCUAUUGUACCAGUUCACUUCGCUUCUCCCCUUCCUAAAGCGUCUCAACUCCCAACGGAAAAUAUACAGCUCUGGAAAACAAUAGGAGACCACUGCACCUUUUUUCUUUCCUUUUUUUAAAAGUUGAGAACGAAAAUUUUGAGUAAAGAACAGAAGGGUAAAAUCUGCAGUGGCCUCUUAAAUUGUACCCUUCUGUUCCUCACUCAAAGUUGUCCUUCUCAAAUUGUUUUAAAAGGAAAGAAAAAGGUGCAAUGGUCUGUUUUUUCUUCUUCAGAGCUGUACAAUUGCAUGAAUCAAUCCAACUAAAAGAUGCUCGAUCUUUUAGAACAUCACAGAUAACAUUCUUAUAUGAUAACGCCAUAGGCGACAUUAUGGCAUUUUGGCGCAAGGGCAUAGGUGAUACAGCGAGUGGGAUGCGAGAACUGAGUUAGGACUCUGCACAGCAGUGACUUGUGUUUAGCACGCUGUCCUGAAUUAGGCUAUUUGACUGGGCUCGCUUAUCAUUGGGUAGAAGGGAGCGAAAUAGCCUACCUUUAUAUAGCAAUUACAUAACAAAACGAAACUGAUAUUUAAAAAAAGCCAAUUUAUUAAAAUACCAAUUUAUUAAAUUUCCUGUGUAUCAAGCCACGUUUGUAAAUAAACACAUUUCUAAUUAUAGAUUUCACUGCAAAGCGUGGAUUCCUGCUUUGACUAUAAAAUCUUCUUUGAAUGAUUGUUUUAUUUCAUUUGUGUUUAAUUUAGUUCCGUUUGGAUGAACCCGAUCGUGUUUAAAAUAGAGAUUUGCAAUGGAGUCGAUUGAUCCGCAAAUACUUAAGCGGUUACUGUUCAAACUAAAUACAAAUUUGGAUGACCAGAAAGCUACUAAUUCUAACUGUUAUGUGAUCAACAGUGGUCAACACUUUACACGUGUGUUAGGGCAGCCUGCCGGCCCAACAAGACCCCUGCUAGACCACACACCCGGCUGGAAGGAAAUUCAAGAGUAAUAAAAUAAUAGUUUUAAUAACCUUGCUAUUUGAAACAAGUGGUUGGCUUAUAUGUUGUACUAAAUAUCGACACCUGAAAGCCCAAAGGAAGGAGUAUUUGUUUUUGUGUGAACAACCAGGUGUUGCUUGUAUGAACCGGGAUUCAGGCUAAUGGCAACAAUUUAAAGCCAAACCCUCGUUAGUGUGUUGCUUUAUAAGUUUGAGCUGUUUCAGUCCGUAAGGUUAUCCUUCGAGAUGCACUUGCUGAGACGAGCAUCCUUCCGUGAGGCUGAAACAGUCAGCGAUGCUAAACAUGGCUGCUCUCACAUGCCACGCCCCCUAUCCAGAGACAAUUUACAGACAACCAAUUUGUUCAAAAUAAAGAUAAAAUGUUGAAUAAGAUAAAUUUAUGAGUUUUGUCGUCUUA